AGGUUUCCGGUUCUUGUUCCUAUACCAGCAGGAGGGCUGAAAGCACCUAACUCCCAACUGCUCUGGGUAUGUUGUACGUCGCUCUGGAAAAGAGCGUCUGCUAAAUGCCAAUAUAAUACAGUGCACUCACGUCUAUAUUAAUAAGAUUUGAGCCCUGGUAAUAAUAAUAAUCGUCUGAAGAAGUCGUAACUGCAGGGUAACUCUUUUAGCCACUCCGUGUGUGUGUGGAGAGAGAGAGCUUGCGCGCACACAACACAGCUGUGACUCCCUCCGAACGGAGCAUUAAUACAGGAGUAUGAGUUUCUUAUUUGGAAAUCGGUCAUCCAAGACAUUCAAGCCCAAGAAGAACAUUCCAGAAGGUUCCCAUCAAUACGAAUUGCUGAAACAUGCUGAGGCGACACUGGGCAGUGGGAACCUGCGCAUGGCCGUCAUACUGCCAGAUGGAGAAGAUUUGAAUGAAUGGGUUGCAGUGAACACGGUGGACUUCUUUAACCAGAUCAACAUGCUUUAUGGGACUAUCACAGACUUUUGCUCUGAGGACAGUUGUCCGGUUAUGUCUGCAGGACCCAAAUAUGAGUAUCACUGGGCUGAUGGUACCAACAUAAAGAAGCCAAUCAAAUGUUCUGCUCCCAAAUACAUUGACUACCUGAUGACCUGGGUGCAGGAUCAGCUUGAUGAUGAAACACUUUUCCCAUCCAAAAUUGGUGUCCCCUUUCCCAAGAACUUUAUGUCUGUGGCCAAGACCAUUUUGAAGCGUCUCUUUCGUGUUUAUGCUCACAUCUACCACCAGCACUUUGACUCAGUCAUGCAGCUGCAGGAGGAGGCACACCUCAACACCUCCUUUAAGCACUUCAUCUUUUUUGUCCAGUCUGUCCCUCUGAGUUACAUGUUGGUCCUGGGAUUGAGGUGCUGGCCUCUUCUGCCCCUCGGACCUGCUUGGUCCAUCCUGGUGCCCUGUGUCUGGUCGGGGUUUUAUCGCACUGCUCCUGUGAAGGACGGCCCCAUGAGGACAGUUGAGGGUUAUACCUGGAGGAUGCUCUGGACUCUUACAGAGUUCAACCUAAUUGACCGCAAGGAACUUGCACCACUUCAAGAGCUGAUUGACAAACUGACAACCAAGGACAGAUAGACAUGAAAAUAAUUAUUCAUCUGUCAAGUUACUGAUCUUCAUCUUGCCUUUUUCUGCCUUUCUCAGUUGCUUUCAUUCACUGUCCAAAUGCCCUACUCUGGUUUAUAUGCUAGAGCACAUGCUAGAGCACAUGCUAAGCUAACAUUAACUGGGCAACAGGGGAUGUCAUUCUGUAAUGAUAUAAAAUGGGCUAGCACAAUGCUAAUGGCUGAAAUAGGAGUUAGGUAGUGUGUUUAGGUAGUCACACAAUUUUUCAGUUUUUCAUUAAGUUUGUUGUUUUUAGUUUCAGCAGUAAACCAUGUUUUCCUGCUCCGUAACUAGACCUUUUUUUUUUUAAACAGGAGAUGUUUAAAGGUUACUUCAUGGUGGAUUGCAGUGUUUUUUUUUUUCUUUACUCUUCUUAUAACAUGAAAUUUGUUUCUCAGUUUGUCGUGACAAAUCCACCAGCAGUGAGGUGUAAUAGCACGUCUGUGAAGAUGUGAUCGUUUGCUUGUUUGAGGGUGUUUGUAAGCAUGUCCCAGUUUUCAAUGCAAGUGAUGCUAACUGUAAAAAAAUGAUACUUAUAGACUAUUUUCCUAUGCAGUUACCAUGCUGAAUUUUUCUCUUCUUUUUGCCUGUUCCAUAAUGCUACUGUUUAUCUGGACCUAGGUCCCCCCCCCUCAAAAAAAAAAAAUUCAUUUUACCUCAGAUCUUGUUACACUCCAGCAGUAGCUGUGUGUAGAUUGCUGUCUUCAUUGGAUUAGUACCACUUGUAUAUUGCUAAAUUAUUUUCUUUGCACAGCUAAUUAGCAUAGUUAGUAAGCUGUAUAAAUGUUAUCUCAGGCAUUGUUUUUAGCUUCAGAAAUAUGAAUUAGGAAUUCUUAACCGCCUGUUUCACCAUUUAUGACUAUUUUUGCUUUGGAGUUUUAAUGGGACUUCACAAUGCUUUCUCACUUGAUUAUUUAUUUACCGUAACGUUUUCACUGUAAUUUAAACUUGUACAGACACCACAGAUAUUACUGCAUAUGUGCCAACUGAUGAGUGUUAUUGAAAACUUUUUAAAUAUUUAUUACUGACAAUGAGAUGGCUAUAUUUCCCUAGACUGUAUAAUAAUAUUGGCAUUUUAACGAGAUCUAAUAUGUAUAAAUGUGGCUGCGGGAAAGGAUUUUACCAAAAAAAAUAUUAGUGACUGUUUGUUUUACAGUAAUAAAUGCUGUGUAUUAAGCAUCUUCAA